CUCUUAAUCAAAAUCUCUCUCUCUUUAAAGUCUUUUAAUUUUAUUUAUUUAUUAAAAAUCGAUACUAGUGAAUGGGCUCAGCUUCUUCGUCGUCGUCGCUUAAUAAGUCACCGUUUGGAACAGAACGUAUGGUAACACCAGAAUCUCCCACGAAAGAUUUUAAUUCAGCUCCGAUGACUGUUAAAAACAACGGCGUUACGAUCAUCUCUAACUCCUUGUACUCGUCGUCUCCUUCUACCAAGAAAACCUUCGAAUCGCCGAGAAAGAGUACAGCGUCGGUUCCGGUAGCUUCUCCGGGUGUCAAAUCUCGGUGGUCGUUUUCUUCUUCAAAGAAAAGCUUCGGAAGUAAAGAUGAAACCUUUUUCGAUACGCAGCAAUUUCUACAAUCCGACUCAGAUGAUGAUUUUCACAGCGUAAAUGGCGAUUUCACUCCAUCUCGUGGAAACACUCCUAAGAGCAGCUUCUCGGACAGACUUCCUCGUAUCAACAACCUUAUAUUCCACGAGAAGAAGCCUUCUCGAGGCUCUUCUCCAGCGCCAAGACCGAGGAGGAAGAAGCUUGGUGAUCUUUUCAGAGAAAGCAUAAGAGAAGAACGAGAGGAAAGCUCUGGAGGGUCAUCAUCUCUAAGCUCUCCUUAUCUCUCCGGUGAACACUCAGACGAGUUCAACAAGUUAGCCAUCGAAGACUCUAUUGUGAAGGAAGAGAAGAAGAAGUCGUCUAACUGGCAACAUCAUCGGUGUCUUCCUGGUUUCUCUGCAUGUGGUGGAAGGAAGAAGAUGCACUCUGAAACCCCUGUUGCUGUGAAAUGAGAUGCAAGAGAUAGUAACGUUGUGUAUAUGAUAAAAUGAGAAAGAGAUCUCUCAGAGUAAAAACUCUUGUGAAAUUUUUUACAAGUACUACUACUUCACUUGCUGUGAUGAGAAGAAAAUGAAUCCUAUAGUUGAAGAGAUUAUGUAAAAAAAAAAAGAAGAGAUGUUCUGGUGUGUUGAUAAAAUUAUGAUCUUUGGCUUGUGAAGUUUGAAAACUCUUACCAUGAUUCAUUGUUGCUUAAACUUUUGUGAUAUAAAACUUACCAUGGCUUAUGAACUUACAACUAAUAGUUUUCAAGUUCAGUGGUGAUAAAAAUCUUCAUUCUUGGAGUGUAG